AUGGCUACCACAUCCUCGUCGUCAUCUCUAUUAUUCACAAGCUUCUUGCAAAAAUCCACAAAUUCCUCGAAGACCCACCCGUCGGAACUCAAUUUCCGGUCCCUCAAACAAAAAAUUCUCCCUUUAAAGUUCACACACAAAUUGCCCGUUACCGUGAAUCCAAGAAGACUCAAUGCGGUAGCCGAGGACACUUCAGUAUCCACUGCAGACCCGUCAAUCGACUCCGCAAGAAGACUGUAUGUGGGCAACAUUCCGCGGACCGUUACGAAUGAUGAGCUCCGGAAAAUUGUUGAAGACCAUGGAGCUGUUGAAAAGGCCGAGGUAAUGUAUGAUAAGUACUCUGGAAGGAGUAGACGGUGCUUGAAGGGCAGAAGAUUCGGGUCAAUAAAGCAUAGAAUUAUCAGAAGAGAUAGUGUCUAUGCCACUAGAACAUGGAAACUUUUCUUGUGA